AUGAUGAAUGAAUUUACCAUGAAUAACCGGAUUCCAGUUAAAACAUGGUACUGGGAUACAGAACUAUAUUUGGGUAAAAAAGCAAAAAAACCAGUGUGGUCUGAGAAAUUGAUUGAAGACUGGAUAAAUAUGGCAAGACAAGGAAAGUUAACCGGUACCUACGGACCUUCGGACACAAAUGGUUUGAGAGAUGGAUUAAAACACGCACCACAUAUAAAAAACGGCAGAGUAAUGGUUAUUGGAUCAGAAAUCCCUUGGGUUGAGGCAUGCGUUUUAGAAGCAGGCGCACGCGAAGUUUUAACAUUGGAAUAUGGUAGCAUCAUAUCCCAACAUCCGAAGGUGAAAACUAUAGUUCCGUUUGAAUUUCGUAUGCGUUAUUUAAAUGAUACUUUGGGAACAUUUGAUGCUAUUGUUACGUAUAGUUCUAUAGAACAUUCGGGAUUAGGAAGAUAUGGUGACGCAUUAAAUCCAUGGGGAGAUAUUAUAGCAAUAGCACGCGCUUGGUGUGUAACGAAGAUUGGUGGCUCUCUGACUAUAGGUAUUCCGUAUAAUCACGACCAUGAAGAACUAGUUUUCAAUGCCCAUAGAGUAUAUGGUAAAAUAAGGUAUCCAUAUUUAACUACAAAUUGGAAACAACUCUUCAGAGGAAAAUGUGGGCAACAAAUUCAUAUUUUCACGAAAUCCAAAUAA